UCUUUUCCCAUCACCAUGUCAUGGAUUUCUAUGGCAAGAGAACCCUCCUCAGCCUAAUGGACACCGAAAAGCCAGAACAACCGCCACAAUCCCCCGUUCACCUUCGCGUCCAAACCCACAGAGAGAUUAGCGAACAAGACGUUCAGUUCAGUCCUCCAAGGCCUUCAAGCACUACUACUUCCGAUGGCAUGUUCCCUAUGAUAAUGCCAGAUUCACCAUGGACACUUUCCCCUCUCCCAACCCCUUCACCUUCUCUUCUUUAUCACUGCAUCGCUUCGCUCCACCGCCACGAAGGUAACAUCUACGCAAUUGCAGCUUCAAAGGGUUUAGUCUUUACCGGCUCAAAUAGUAGUAGAAUUCGCGUGUGGAAGCAACCAGAUUGCAUGGACAGAGGGUACCUCAAAGCAAGCUCUGGUGAGGUGAGAGCCAUUUUGGCUUAUAGCAACAUGCUUUUCUCCACGCACAAGGAUCACAAGAUAAGAAUAUGGACCUUCACCGUUUCGGAUAGCUUCAAGUCCAAGAAAGUAGGUACACUCCCUAGAAAAACUUCUAUUCUUUUGUUCCCUUCAAGAGGAAAAAACACGCCAAAGCACAAAGAUUCUGUGUCUUGCAUGGCUUAUUACCACUCUGAGGGUCUCUUGUACACUGGCUCCCACGACAGAACAGUGAAGGCGUGGCGUGUUUCAGAUCGAAAAUGCGUUGACUCGUUCGUGGCACACGAGGAUAAUGUCAACGCCAUAUUGGUGAACCAAGACGAUGGUUGUCUUUUCACCGGUUCCUCUGACGGGUCGGUGAAGAUAUGGAGAAGGGUUUACACUGAAGACUCUCACACUCUUACCAUGACUCUAAAGUUCCAACCUUCACCGGUCAAUGCCCUUGCAUUGAGUUGCUCGUUCAACCACUGUUUCCUCUAUUCAGGUUCCUCAGAUGGGAUGAUAAAUUUUUGGGAGAAGGAAAGGUUGUGUUAUAGGUUCAACCACGGAGGGUUCUUGCAGGGUCACCGUUUUGCGGUUCUUUGUCUAGCAACGGUUGGGAACAUGAUAUUCAGUGGGUCAGAGGACACGACAAUUAGGGUUUGGAGGAGAGAGGAAGGGAGUUGCUACCACGAGUGUUUGACGGUUUUGGAUGGACAUAGAGGGCCAGUGAAGUGCUUGGCUGCGUGCCUCGAGAUGGAAAAGGUUGUGAUGGGGUUCUUGGUGUAUAGUGCUAGUUUAGACCAGACAUUUAAGGUAUGGAGGAUUAAGGUUUUGCCGGAUGAAAAGAUGUGCAUGGACUAUAGUGACCAGUGUGAAGCCGCCACUAGGGUCAAGAUUAGGGACUACGACAUGAGCCCGGUUCUGUCGCCUUCCUGGGUCGAGAAGAAGCUUCAAGGUAGCUAUUUUCAGUAGGAUUAAUAGUCAGCAGCAAGGUUUCCCGCCACAACGUGAAGGUUUUUAGAAUGUCUGAGGCCACAGUAAUUAUGAUAACGUUUUAUUUGCAAUUUCUCGCAAUAUCAAAGAAGGCAUGGAAAUUAAACCGUGACCGAGAUGAUUUUUUUUAAAAAAAAAAAAAAACCUUGAUCAUCAUUGAUAAAUAUGUCUUCCCCUACGCUAGCUCAAGGAGUAAAAGGAUAACCGGAA